AUGAAGUAGUAUGAAUAUGUGACGGUAAAGCUUUGUAAUGCCCCGUCCCUAAAGCGGGAGAUGGUUGUGCACGACGAGGGCGAGAUCAUGCCGACGGAGCAGGACCCGACGAUGGAGCUCUCUAUGGUCUCGAAGGACCUCACCUUGCUCCACUGCCCCUUGUGCCUCUGCCCCUUGAAGCCUCAAGUGUAUGAGUGCAAGGGAGGGCACCUGGCCUGCGCGGACUGCCGCGUCGAUCGCCUCGGGAACCAUCGGCAGUGCCAGAAGUGCGAGCGCGGUGGUGGCUUUGAUGUGCGAAACACGGUGGUGGACGCAGACCUCUCCUCGGUGAGGGUGGAGUGCCCGCACGAAGGCUGUGGGCUCCACGUCACUUACCACAAGCUCGCCGAUCACCAGAGCGUGUGUCCGCUCGUGCCCUGCAAAUGCCCCGUGCCCGUCUGCAUCUACGAAGGCCCGCCACCGGCACUCUCCCACCACAUUAUCACCAUGCAUCCCAUGCCCGUGCACAGGAUCCAGUACGGCAAGGUGCUCCAGCUGCAAGUGCCACUGUCGGAGCCACGGCUCUUGCUGUUUGUGGAGGAGGACGGCAGCGUGUUUUUCUUGGUCGGCGGCGUGCUCGACAUCGGUGCGCCUAUCGCCGUGUCGGUCAUCUGCAUCAGAGCAGGGGCGUCCCCACUGCCGCACUACAUGGCCAAGCUGUGGGCGAACGGCCCGCCGGGGGAGCCCAAAGGCAGGACCGACGCCAUCAAGGUGGAAAUGGAGGUGACAAGCAGCAAGGAUCCCGGCGACGUCACCGUGCAGGAGCUGACCUUCUUCACAGUUCCUCCCAAGCUACUGGCCGGGGCUGGGUUGUCGAGGAUGGUGUCCCUCCACAUUCAGAUUGACAAGCUCACCUCCUAAAUGAUUCUACGGUGCCUUCUAUUUAUCUUAGUAAUAUGCUAAUAUAGGGGUUAGCUCGGUCUACUUUAGCUUAAGAGAUGGUGGGUUUUGGUGGAGAUGCAACAAUUACUUCGAUAUCAGAUCAGCAGUUAAAGUAAUUUCCAACAGUCGAACGGAUAUUUUGUGUCUAUUGGAUAUAAAGAUCCUUUGGGUAAGAAGUAUAAC